GAGUCUGCGCAGGAAACGAGCGUGGCGGUGAGGAUAAGAGGCGUGAGUUCCGCUUAGGUUGUGGCGGCUGUUACUCCCCGGUUCUUGGGUGUUUUGCCGGCACCGCCACCGCCGCCGCCGCCGCCGCCGCCAUGCCCAUGAAAGGCCGCUUCCCCAUCCGCCGCACCCUGCAGUACCUGAGCCAAGGUGACGUGGUGUUCAAGGACUCGGUGAAGGUCAUGACGGUGAAUUACAACACGUACGGGGAGCUGGGCGAGGGCGCCAGGAAAUUUGUGUUUUUCAACAUUCCUCAGAUCCAGUAUAAAAACCCCUGGGUGCAGAUUAUGAUGUUCAAGAACAUGACCCCGUCACCUUUCCUGCGGUUCUAUCUAGAUUCUGGGGAGCAGGUCCUGGUGGAUGUGGAGACCAAGACCAAUAAGGAGAUCGUGGCGCACAUCAAGAAAAUCGUGGGGAAGAACGAGGAAACCCUCAAGAAGGAGGAGCAGGAGAAAAAGCAGCUCUCCCACCCAGCCCACUUUGGCCCCCGGAAGUAUUGCCUGCGCGAGUGCAUCUGUGAGGUGGAAGGGCAGGUGCCCUGCCCCGCCCUGGUGCCGUUACCCAAAGAGAUGAGAGGGAAGUACAGAGCAACACUGAAAGCCAGUGGCCAGGGCUGAGGGCGCCAGGCCUGACGGGAUGGGGUGUGAUCAUGUCUGUCCGGCCAGGGGAGAGAUUGCUGUGGGUCUGUCUUGGUCUCAGGGACAUUCCUGGUUCUGUUCCCAGAGAUACUCUGCAAGUCUCUUUGCAACAUCAAGAGCCCCUGAGGUAAAAGGGAAGGGGGAGGAACAUCUGCUGCAUCAUGUGAAUAAAACAUUCUUUAAUCACUC